ACCACCAUCUUUAAGUCAUUUACUAGUUUCUAACUUCUGCCCCUCAAUGACAGUCAAGGACAGGAAGCAGCUGCAGUAGUUUUAAACCGCAGUCGCUGACCUCAGCGGCUAGAGACUCGACCUGCCCUCCAGGCGGCCGGCGCUCAGCAGCCAGAGGCGCCGCGCAGCUCCCCGAGCGGCUGUCAGGGCGGGCGGCGCGCAGCCGGCACGCGCGCCCCCAGCGUCUCGGCGCGCGGACCAGGCUCGUGGACGCCUAGCUAAAGGACCCGGCUCGCUGAGCUCAAGGCGCGUGCGUCCGCCUGCCCGCCCCCUCUUCAAACUCGGGGCCUCCCAAGAAAGUGCCCGUGUAGUCAAUCGUAGGUUUCUAGUUUUGACGCAAAAAAUUACCCAUUGAAAGUAUGCAAGGCAUAGUAGUGAGACUGUUUUGCUUUGCAGUCGAACGCUGUUGAUUUGGCCAGAUUAGAGCAGACGCGAGAAGUGCUGAGUCAAACAGGCAUUAUCCAGGACAGCUGCAUCCGGGCCCUCCUGCCGCAGGCCGCCCUCUGAGCCAGGGGUCCUUCAGGUAGGAGGUCCUGAGUGACUUUGGACGUCCGCUCCUCACAGGUGCGGUGAGUGCUUAAUCUCCGGCCUUGCGGCUUAGUUUUUCUCUCGGUUUGGGCUCGAGGCCUCUGUCGCAACCAUGCUCCGCCAGAUCAUCGGUCAGGCCAGGAAGCAUCCUAGCUUGAUCCCCCUCUUCAUAUUUAUUGGAGCAGGAGGGACUGGAGCAGCACUGUAUGUCACACGCCUGGCAUUGUUCAAUCCCGAUGUCAGUUGGGACAGAAAGAAUAACCCAGAACCCUGGAACAAACUAGGUCCUAAUGAUCAGUACAAGUUCUACUCUGUGAACGUAGAUUACAGCAAACUGAAGAAAGAAGGUCCAGACUUCUAAAUGAAAUAUUUCACUUAAAGCUGCUUAGAAUGAAGGUCUUCCAGAAGCCAUCCGCACAAUUUUCCACUUAACCAGGAAAUAUUUCCCCUCUAAAUGCACGGAAUCAUGUUGGUGUAUUGUAUUGGGGUUUACACUUGUGAAUAAAUAGUCUGAAACUUGA